AUGCGUUCCAAGCUUCUUGUGGCUGUUCUGUUCACGUUGGCAGAAGGUUUUCGUACUGGGACGGACUUGAAGGAGGAGAUGUGCCCUGAGCCUGAGACAAGCCCUAAGUACUUCCGGAAUUUGCGAAGCAGCUCGGGUGUGACCACCUGUAGCAAGAAGGAUGUUUGCUUGUUGAUGCGUCAGCUGGAUGCUUACUUCUAUGCUCGUGCCCGCAAGGGGGAGUUGGUGGACUAUGGACCUCGUACAGGGACAUGGGUGCGGGCAGGGAAGUGCCAACAAAGCGGACGCAUCCAAAAGCUGGCCGCAGUGACCAGCAUCACCAAGUGCAAGGCUAUUGUCAAGAAGUUCACCAAGAAGAGGUUCAGAAUCAUCAAGAAGAACACAUAUCCAUGGGCAAAAGGGUGCCUCUGGGACUAUGAAAACAAGAGGGGAUACUUCAACAAGGCUGACAGCAAUGCGGAUGCCGGAACUAAGUACAUUGAAUUGAAGAAGAGGAAGGGUUCCGGCUUCUACAACCAGCACCGAUACAAGGUGGACAUCGGGCAAUUCUGCUACUAUGAUCAGUCUUUGGACGAGGCGGCUGCAUCGUACUACUCGCCCUACAAGUUGAAGGCCAGCAUGAUUGCAAAGCCUGAGAUGUCCACCAGUUGUUCCUUUGGAAUGAUGGCCAGCCUCCAUCGGGUGGGGCUCACGGAUAGCCCUUGUGCUGAAAUCCUGACAGGUGCACAUGGUUCUAAGGCAAAGAACUUGCUCAUUGAACAGAUCACCAACAAGUGGUGCCCCAAUAUUUGGACAGAAGCAAUUGAGAAGGGCUCAACGUGCUCAGCAGAGCGCUUUCCAACAUGGGCUCAUGAUGGCUUUGUGGACGAUCCAAAGAGCGCUUACGAGGAAGUGUUUGCCCAACGUGCUGAAUACCUCCUGAAGAGCAUUGGUGGGGGUGAGACCAAGGCAGAUUUGAUGAAAUCCCGCACUCCAAAGAUGGGGUUGCCUGAAGGUGCUUGCAGCAGCAUUGAAGACGAGAUGUUCGAUGACUUCCUGCAAUCCAAGGGUGAUGAAGCACCAGAUCCCUGGGAUUGA